AAUGAUUAAUUUUGCUGCAGAAUUGAGUCUUCAGGUUGAUCACGGAGAACGACGAAGCAACAAGUUUCUCACAGCGACCGAGUAGCUAAAUAUAGCUGCUUGUAAACACUGUUAAUUCUGUAAAACAACAACUGCUAAGUACCUCUGAGUUUUAAGUAGGCUAGCUGAUGCUGAAACUGCUGUUAGCCGACCGGGAGCCGGAUCAUCUUUCCGUCUUAUUUAAUGCCUCAUUUAUAACCUGAAUCUAUGAGAGCAGCGCAUGUUUGAGUGAGGAUGGAUGAAAGUAAGAGCGAUCGUGUAACUCCGCCCACAACUCCACCCAAAGCCACGCCCUCUCCGUCAGCCUCCACUGAUCAACAGCUGAGUUUGAGCAGCCCAGAGUUGCUGAAGGAGCUGAAACAGCCUCACACACUCAAACAUGUCCCUGCACACAAAGGCCUGACCACAGUCUUCAGCGGGAAAGGACGACCAGUCCAACGAAACGCACACACACUUCACACUGAUUUGGAAAACUUUGAGAAUCGAUCUAAACCAGCACAGUGACCAUCAGCAGUCCCGCUCUCAUUGACUGUGUGAGAUGUCUGUCAGAGCUAAGCCCCGCCCCUGUACAGACGUGGGCGUGUUCUGUCACUGUGAGCUGCUCUGGUUAUUAUCAGGGUCUUCAUCUGUGAUGUUUCUGUACAGGAUUUAAAAACCAGUGUAACUUUCUCUGUAGCACAACUAAUAUUUGAGUAACGUGUUAGUUAUCAGAAUCAAAGCUGAAGGAUUGAGUGUGAAGAGUAUGAACUGGAAAAUGGGUAGAGGAGUUUACUGAAAUGCAGUUGAAAGAGACUCAGUACUCAGUUGCACUAUUUUUGCCAGUCCAUGUGAAAACCAAUAAAUCAUCCACGUUUUGACUA